GUCUCUGCCCACGGUGUCGUCACCCAGAUCACCAACGGCGAGGGCAAGGUCUACAACGGCUGGGACACCAACUACCAGUACUACAACCCGGUGCCCAAGGUGGCAGCCUGGAAGGCGGGCGGCUACGGCCACGGCCCCAUCACCGGCGAGUCGUACGCCAAGGCCGACAUUGUGUGCCACGAGGACGCCGAAGCCGCGCCCAUCUACCUCGACGCCGCCGCCGGCUCCAAGCUCUCCGUCGUCUGGGGCUCUCCCGGCCAGACCUCCGGCUGGCCCACUUCCCACCACGGCCCCAUCAUCACGUACCUCGCCCCCUGCGGUGGCCCUGAUGCUACGGGCGACUGCACGACCGCGAAGGUCGGCGACCUGUCCUUCACCAAGGUCGAUGCCCAGGGCCUGAUCACUCCCGGCGACGUCGACGCCCAGGUCUGGGCCACCGACAAGCUGAUCGAAAACAACUCCACCACGGUGACGAUCCCCUCCGCCCUCAAGGCCGGCAACUACGUCAUGCGCCACGAGAUCAUCGGCCUGCACGCCGCGGGCGAGGAGAACGGCGCCCAGAACUACCCCCAGUGCUUCAACGUCAAGGUCUCUGGCUCUGGCGCCAAGACCCUGGACAACGGCGUCAAGGGCACCGCCCUCUACAAGCCGGCUGACAAGGGCCUCGUCUUCAACAUCUAUGCUGAUGUCGAGUCUUACCCGAUCCCGGGCCCCGCGCUUUGGGAGAGCGCCGAC